AUGAUCUUGGGAUUGAUUAAGUGGUGGGUGAUGGUGUGCUGCCUCAUGAAGCUGACGAAUUGGGGUGCAGAUGACGUCGGUGUCGGCACUGAAGUUUGGCUGAUUGGAGUUUUGAUGUUUGAGGCAGCUGGCGAAACUGCCGUGGUAUCCACUGUGGGGGGUCUCAUUUGCGAUUUUCUGAGUCUUUUCAAGGCACUGUUGACCUGUGUCCGUGACUGCUUAAUCCACGAGCCUGCUGAGGAGACAUAUCGAAGUCGCGUACUUGUGACGCGUGGUGCCUACACAGCGACUCUUAUGUGCCUCGGUGUAGCGUGGCGCUCAUUGGUUGGGACGUGA